ACCAGUUUUUUCCCUUUCCUCUUACAUCACCCCGAGCCAGUGAAGCCUGGGGGUGUGCUCGUCAUCAUCGGCCCUGCUGCAGGAACAGAAACAGAAAGCAGGACAGCACCAAAGGAGGGUUCACGGGGAGAGGAGAAGAGGAGAAGCCAUGUACAAGAAAAAGCUGAGAGGGAGAGCUACUGAAAACAAAGUUGUAACCAGUCAUUCCUUGAAGUUUCUCUUCUGUUUCAGCAUGUAUAUAUCUAAGAAGGCGUUAAAGAAUCAUUUUGACCCCCGUAAUACUCCACGGGACACAUACCUACUGUGCAAACUGCAGUGGGGUGAGACCGGCACGCCUUGGAUACACUGGGUCAGAAAUGAUCAUUACCAUGCUGAAGUCUACUUCCUGGAGAAGGUCUUUAAGAUGAAAAGAUCCAAUAAUUAUGUCAACUGUUCCAUCACCUGGUACUUGUCCUGGAGCCCCUGUGCAGACUGCUGCCAUGAAAUACUGAAAUUCUUAAAGAAGCAUUCAAACGUGAACAUAGACAUAUAUGUAGCACGGGUUUAUUACGCAGACGAUGAAGAUAGCCGCCAAGGUCUGAAGAACCUUGUGAGCUUGGCCGAAGUAACCAUUGCUGUCAUGGAAAUGCAAGACUAUACUGACUGUUGGAAAAACUUUAUCCAAGGAGGUACUGAUGGUGGUUUCUGGACCGAGGGCUUUCAAUCGGCAGUAAAAAAGAAUCGUUUGAAGCUCAAGAACAUGUUUGAGGAUCUUCCAUUAAUAGAAUAUCUCAGCUUGGAAGGCACCCAUAAGGAUCAUUGAGUCCAACUCCCUGCUCCUCGCAGACUACCUAAAACUAAACCAUAUGACUAAAAGCGUCGUCCAGAUGCUCCUUGAACUCUGACAGGCUUAGUGCCGUGACCGCUUCCCUGGGGAGGCUGUUCAGUGACUGACCACCCUCUCAGUGAAGAACUUCUUCCUUAUGUCCAAGCUGAACUUCCCCUGACGCAGCUUCAUUCCAUUUCCUCCUGUUGUACGAUUUGGUGUACUACUUACAUAGAACUUGUUUAGCAUAACUUGCUCAGCAUUAGUAGCUAAAUUUGCUGAAGCCUUAGGCCGCAAGCUGUGAACUUUCAGCUAGAUAUGUUGAACUUUUACCUAGUCAAGUAAAAGAAGGCUCUAGAGCUGGUUCAAGGCAGAAUAUAAGGAAGCUACAUUCAUUAACAGAAGCUGGAACCUUAGAGAUAAGAAAAUAAACGGCCCGCCUAGACACAAUGUAGGGACCCAAUGAAGAAUGGGAAGACCCCAGUCCCUAAUAUUACUACUGGUCCAAACUGUUGCAUGAGGGGUGGGGAAUUCAGAUUGUAAGGGUAUAAUUGCCCAGGGAUUUCUUUGUUCAAGGUCCCUCUUUGGAGGCACCCACCUCGAGCUGUAGCGCUAUUAAUAAAAAGUACUUUUGUAGAGGAA